UCACCCACAGAUGCCGACAAAAUGAAGGAGAUACGAAAUUUACCGGAAGUGCAUGGUGAUAAAUUCUAUUACUUUGGAUUUGGCAGCAAUAUGUUGACGAAACGCAUACAUAUCGAAAAUCCAACGGCUGUGAAAAUUGGUCCCGGUAAAUUGGAGAACUAUCGUCUUGAUUUCAAUGAUUUCUCCACAAAUUGGGAUGGUGCUCCAGCCACAAUUGUACCCCAUGAGAAUCGCACAGUUUGGGGUACUGUAUGGGAAAUUGAUUUGUCCAAUCUCGAUGAUAUCGAUCAUCAAGAGGGCGUUCACGAGGGCAUGUAUGAGGCAAAAAGUGUACCGAUUGUAUUAAAAUCUGAUGGCAAAGUUAUAACAUCACGUGCCUAUCUAUUAACCGAUCAACCGAAAAGUGAUUUCGAAUCAAUGACAAUUGAUGAGAUUCCAGCCAAACGUUUACCCUCAAAGACAUAUAUUCAGUGUUUGGUGAAAGGUGCCAUUGAAUCCGAUAUCGACGAUGAAUAUGUUGAGUGGCUGAAGGGUCUGAAACAUAAUGGAAAGGUGGCGGAGAAAAUGUCAACAUUUUUAGAAUUACAAAAUAUUGUAUUGAAAUCGUAA